AUAACAUCGACAAGCUGGUGCCGAUCGGAUGCGCUGGUGAGCUUCUCAUUGAAGGACCCAGUCUCGCCAUCGGAUACCUGAAUGAUGCGCAGCGAACGUCAGAGUCAUUCAUCUUCAAUCCCGUUUGGGCACUCGGCGACGAGCCUUCGGCAAUGCGCCGUUUCUACAGGACAGGUGACUUGGUGCGGCAGACAAGCAACGGCUCAUUCAUUUACCUCGGACGCAAGGAUACCCAGGUCAAGCUCCGCGGUCAGAGGAUUGAGCUUGGGGAGAUCGACUUCCACAUUCGCCGUGCUCUCCCGUCGGCGACUGUACGUUCAGAUAUCGUUGAUCUUCAGCAGCAAAAGGCUGGCAGCGGCAUGCUCAAGGCACUUGCUGCCUUUGUCGUCCUUGAUGGUGUCGACGUAAACAUCGAGAGUAACGCUGGUAUAAGCGCUGGUUCACUCAAGCAGGUUGGUGAAGCUGCCUCUACUGCUGUUGCUGAGCUGGGUCGCUCGGUGCCACCUUACAUGGUCCCUUCAAUCUUCAUCCCCAUUUCCAAGAUGCCUCUCACCGUCUCUGGAAAGACGGAUCGUCAAAGGCUCAAGGCCAUCGCAGCCAAGAUCCCCCACAAGCACCUCGAUACCUUGCGAGCCCUUCAACGCGGAGUAAUAGGCGACGGACCCAAGGUUGCACCUCGCAACGAUGUCGAAAAGCGCAUGCAAUCCGCCUGGUCAACCGUCCUACAGCUGGGUCCCGAGAGCAUCGGCAUCAAUGACAGUUUCUUCCGUCUCGGUGGAGACUCCAUCUCUGCGAUGAAGCUUGUCACAGCUGCGCGAUCAGUCGGCAUCUCCAUCACCGUGUCCGACAUCUUCCAGACGCCCAUCUUGGCCAACCUUUGUCGGUGCAGUAGCAACGAGAGCGAUGAAAUUGAAGUCGUUCCGCCGUUUUCUCUCAUUCCAGCAUACGACACCCUGAUGCAUCAAGAGGCUGCCCGACAGUGCGGUGUAGUUCCUGAAGCCCUCGAGGACUUGUAUCCUUGCACCCCACUUCAACAGGGUCUGAUCUCGCUCUCGGUCAAGGAAGAGGGAUCUUACAUCGUUCGCGAGACCUUCCGCCUCCGCAGUGUGCGCGUGAGCCGAUUCCAGAAGGCUUGGGAGUACGUCGCGAACAUUCACCCUAUUCUUCGCACCCAACUCGUACAUCUGGACACCUACGGAACUCUUCAGGCCGUGAUCAGCACCAAACAGGCAAUGCGGUGGCGCACGGCUUCCUCUCUGGAGGAGUAUCUUGCCCAAGACGAGAAAGAGACCAUGGGCUUAGGCACACCCCUCAGCAGGUAUGGUCUUGUGUUGCCGGCCAACCCAGCGGACGACGCCAUCUUCAUCUGGACUGCCCAUCACGCCAUGUACGAUGGUUGGUCGAUGCCCAUCAUAAAGGAGGCUGUUGCUACAGCGUACAUGGAAGUGAUGCUCCCUGAGGCUCCUGCGUUCAACACAUUCAUCAAGCACAUCCAGGGAGUCGAUGCAACCGCCGCUCAGUCAUUCUGGAAGUCUUACUUUGACGAAGCAGGUGCUUCUCCUUUCCCUGCUGUUCCACACGGAGCUUCUCUGGAGUUCCGAGCCGACAGGUCCGAAAGGGUAAACCUGUCUUGGAAGUCCCGACAACGUGAUGGAGUCACCGUAUCGACUCUCCUCCGUGCAGCAUACGCCAUCGUUGUCGGCACAUACACCGGUUCCUCUGAUGUUGUCUUUGGCACGACAUUGAGUGGCCGCAACGUUCCUGUACCUCGCGUCGAGACUAUCGUUGGCCCAACUAUCACGACUGUGCCAGUCCGUCUGUCUUGGGACGCCAAUAUGACCGCACAGGAACUGCUGCAGAACGCCCAGCGCCAGGCCACCACGAUGAUGCCUUUCGAGCAGAUGGGUCUAGUCAACAUUGCAAAGAUCAGCGAAUCAGCCAAGAGAUCUUGUCAGUUCCAGAGCAUUUUCGUCGUCCAGCCUGAGAAAGAUGACGACAGUGCUGCGUGCGAGAGUCUCUUUGGUGACCAACUGAGCAAUGCCUCCAGCAGCGAGGAUACUACUUCUCCUCAGACUUACCCGCUAGGUAUUGAGGCGACGGUCGAGGGCAAUGAGCUUGAACUAUCUGCCACCUAUGACAGUCGCAUCAUUGAUCCCCCUGAGAUGCGCCGCAUCUUGCAUCAGGUCGGGCAUGCCGCCUCGCUCCUCGACCAGAACCCCAAUCUUCCCAUCUCAGCAUUGAACUUGGCCGGCAAAUCAGACUUGUCUCAGAUCCAGGCAUGGAACGCCCAAGGUCCUCCAGCAGGAGUGCGAGAGGCUGUGUACACCAUCAUCAGUCGCAAUCCCUCUUCGGCGCCCGCUGUCAGUGCGUGGGAUGGUGACUUGACAUAUGCCGACUUAACCAGGCUCUCUAAUGGCUUGGCCCAUCGCCUCCGCGGCAUGGGAGUCGGCGUCGGCGCCGAGACUGUGGUCGCCUUCAGCCACGGGAAGUCUAAAUGGGUUCCAGUCAUCAUGCUUGGUAUCCUCAAGGCAGGUGGUGCGUUCGUUGCUUUGGAUGCUGCUCAGCCUGAAAGCCGUCUCAAAUUCAUUGUCGAAGAAGCUAGGAUCGGCGUCCUUCUCACUUCACCUGAGCUGGCAAAAUCGCCCUCAUUGGCGAAUCUCCCUGUCACUCCAGUCUUCCCAGAGUCGCUCGAGUACUCGAUCGAGGAGAAGGAGACUACGCCGCCACCUGCUCACAGUGUCUCUCUACCUGACUCCCUGGCAUAUGUUGUCUUUACGUCUGGCAGCACGGGUGUGCCAAAGGGAGUGAUGGUGUCUCAUUCCGCUGCGGCCUCCAGCACUUUGGCCCACGGCUCCGCCAUGGGAAUUACUUCCGAGAGUCGAGUCUUGCAAUUUGCUUCUUACACUUUCGACGCCUGUGUGCUUGAGGUACUUGGCACACUGCUCGCUGGGGCUUGUGUCUGCAUCCCAUCACCGGAGGAAGCUACCGAGGACCUGAACGCAGCAGUCCGCAAGUAUGGUGUUAACUUUGCUGCUCUUUCACCUCGAGUCGCUUCUCUCCUUCGUCCUAAGGAGGUCCCGGCCAUCAAGGCUAUUGCACUGGGUGCUGAGGUUGUGACGAGCUCAGAUAUCCAGCGAUGGGAGGGCCGUCGUGUGAGUAACGGUUACGGCCCGACCGAGUGCACCGUUGUGUGUGUCUUGGAGUCUAGCAACCACAAGCCUGGACGCAUCGGAAGAGGUGUUGGCUGUAUCUGCUGGAUCGUGGACCCUGAAGAUCCCAACAAGCUGGCACCUGUUGGUGCGCCUGGAGAGCUUCUCGUCGAGGGACCAUGUCUGGCUCGCGGAUACCUUCAUCAAGAAGAGAAAACCCGGGCCGCCUUCGUACAGGAUCUUGCCUGGACUCAAGGUUUCCCCAGUGCUAGCAGCAGGUCCAGACGUUUCUAUAAGACCGGCGACAUUGUCAGGUACGACUCAGACGGUGGCAUCUUGUUCAUCGGCCGAAAGGACAACCAAGCCAAGCUCAGGGGUCAGCGCAUUGAACUCAGCGAAGUUGAACAUCAUAUGCGUCGUGCUCUGCCUGAGUGCCACGUCGUUGCCGAUAUCGUCAGCUUCCCUCAGCAGAAGAACGACUCCAUGGCCUUGGUCGCCUUUGUCGUACCUUCGAGCAGCAACGCAUCGGGCAACUCCCUCGGAUCCAUGCUUCCGCUCGACAGCGGAGCAGUCAAGGCCUUUGCUCAAUCUUGGGCGAAGGCAACAGUGGAGAUGUCUCAUGCAGUGCCGCUUUACAUGGUUCCCACGCUCUAUAUCCCUCUCGACUCAAUCCCGCUCACCUCGUCGAGCAAGGUCGAUCGCCGCAGACUACAGGCUGUUGUUGCAGACGUCACUGCCGAGCAACUAGAGCUUCUCCGUGGUGUUCAAGGUGUGAAAGAAGCUCCACGCUCGUCUCUGGAGAAGAGCAUGGUGUCUGCCUGGGCACAGGUCCUUGGACUUGACACCGGCAAGAUUGGCAUCCGGGACAGUUUCUUCCGUCUUGGAGGCGAUUCUAUCACAGCUAUGCGCCUGGUCCCAAUUUUGGCCGAGGGUGGUCUGACGCUCCGUGUCUCUGAUGUCUUCAAGUACCCGGUCUUGGCCAGUUUAUGUCGCCAUCUCCAAGGGGACGAAGACCGCACAGAUGGGUCUUCCUCGACAGAAGAGUGGUCGGAUCUUGGCGGCAGUCAAGAUCUCACUCCCGACGCUGAGCAUAUCGAUGAAGAGGCCCUGCAAGUUGCUGCUGCUGAAAACAUCGCCAUUGGUACCGAAUUGUCUUCAGUGGCACAAGCUUCUCCAAGCAGUCCAGCCGAGUACCAUAUCACACCGGCGUCAGACUUCCAAGCUCUGGCAUUCGAGUUCUCUCAGCUCCGGAACCGCGGCUUUGUCAACUACUUCGUCCUCCGCUUCCUCGAUCGCUUCAGUCAUGAACGCAUCCGCAAUGCCUGCACGCAACUGGUUCAGCACCACUCUAUCCUUCGCACCAAGCUCAAGCUUGCCAACAGCCGACUCUGGCAGCUUGCUGCGUCCGUGACCUCUUUCCAGCCCGCUUUUGAGUUCUUCCGCGUCACUUCGGAUGACGUCGUCUCUUUCACCACGCGCUUGAUCGAGACUGAUGAGGCGCGUCGCUUAGGUUCCGAUGAGAUUCCUACCAAGUUCUUCAUCGUCGAGUCCGCCUCGCAAACUCAACUUGUCAUGAGGCUUGCUCAUACGCACUAUGACGGCCUGUCCUUCCCGCUUCUUCUCCAAACGCUUUCCCAGGCUUUGAAGCGGAGUGAACUUGCUCCUGAAGUCUCCUUCGCCAAAUUUUCUUCCAGUAUCCAGGCUCUUCCUUCUCGGCAUUCCAUGUCAUACUGGCAACACCUCCUUGAGAACUCGCAGAUGACUCCAGUCAUCACUCCUGCUGCCAUCACCGCCAACGACGGAAUUGAGGGUCACAUUACUCGGCUUGUGACAUUGCCCAAUCUUUCUCAAGCCAGUGUGACCUUCGCCAGCGUUCUCAAGGCCGCCUGGGCCAUCGUCCUUGCCCAACACUCAAGUCUCUCCGACGUUGUCUUUGGCUGCCUGGUGUCCGGUCGAUUCGCUCCGGUCGCUGGCAUCGAGUCCGUGGUAGGACCUUGCGUUAAUCUAUCUCCUGUCCGCGUCAGAAACAUCUUGAAGGACACUAGCACGCGCUCUUUCCUGCAAGCCGUUCACGCUCAACAUACCAAGAGCAUGGAGCAUGAGCACGUUGGAUUCCGUCGCAUCAUCACGGGAGCCACGUCUUGGCCAGCUCGAACUUCUUUCGCGGGCGCGUCCAUCGUGCAGCACCAAAACAUCCCUCUGGCCGCUGAGCUCAACGAAACGACACCUGACUUGCCUUUUGAGCUGAGCGCCAAGGGAGGCACCUCGAAUGCUGCUGCUAUUUGGAUCAUUACUACUUCCCGUCCUUCGGAGGGCCUUUUGAGUAUUGAGCUUACUCACACCCUCAACACGAUCAAUCACAACACCGCCGAGACUCUUUUGCAGGCACUUUGUGUCGCCAUUGAGCAUUUCGGUCACCACUGGGACUCGGAAGCACCGCUUCCCGACACCCGAAGCCAGAAAACCAAGUCCAACAACGCGCCACUCUUGCCUGGCGGAUCAGUUGGCGAUGUCGCUGAGUCUGUCGUGACUUCCGACGCGCAAAGUCCUGAUGAACAGGCCCGCGCGGUAGUCAAUCAGGCCUGGAGCUUGUUGCAAAAGGCACAUUCCCGAGACACAUCGUCAGAAGGAAUACCUACCUCCAUGUUCGACGUGUGGAAUGACAACCUCGUCGCUGUGGCUUUGAAGGGCAUAUAUGAGAGCCUGGACGUUUUCCUCGAUCUCGAGCAAUUGCUUCAGCACCCAACGAUGGAAUCGCAAGCAAGCUUGCUGACUUCUUUGGGCUUCUGAGUUUUGAACCUGUAGCUAUCAUGUUUUCCUUGUUUGUCUGUCAAGUUUGUUUAGAAUGUCCCCAGUCAACAGUAGUUGACUGCUAGAAUGGCGUCCGGAGGCAUGUGCUUUAGAGAGGAGAUUGGCGUAAAUUUGAUUCUUUAUUAAACAUCUUUUAAC